UGUAUAUACAAUGAUAUACUGCGUCUUUCGUCCAAUUUCGUCUACGCAUAUUCCAAUCGACGUUCGUCGUGAGAACGUUAUACUUGCAUAAGAGUUGAAAUUUAUAAGUAAUUUCUUUUUUAUAUUGUCAAUGCAGCAUAGAAUAUAAUUAAGAAGGGAAGUGAAAAAAAAAAGAUUCGCAUAUUAUUCUAUCUAACUUCAGUGUUAAUUGAUAAGCAACUACUACGUACGUGACGGUAAUUAUAUAUAUUUUCGUAUGAUUGUGAAAUAUCUUAAAAUAUUAUCUCUCACAGAAAAGGAAAUAGAAAACAUGACUUCGCCAUUUACAUGUAUAACCUGCCGUGUGGCGUUUAAAGAUCUCGAGAUACAGAGACAACAUUAUAAAUCCGAUUGGCAUAGAUAUAAUUUAAAAAGAAAAGUGGCAGAUCUGCCUCCUGUUACGGUAGAAGAUUUUCAAAAGAGGGUUAUUGCCCAACGUAAUCAAAAUGAUAAGUCGCUAGAAGAAAAUAUAUAUUGUGGAGUGUGUGGUAAAACAUUCAGUACUAAAAAUCAAUAUGUAAAUCAUUUAUCGUCUAAGAAGCAUAGAGAGAAAUUAUUGAAAUUAGAUAUAUCUCACUCUGGUUCCGAAGAUGAAAGUACGGUAGAUGACUCAGCUUUGUCAGCUUCUGUAAUAUCUUCUAUCUCAAAUGCUACAACUGUUAAAACAGCUGAUAUUGGUAGUCAUAGUGAAAGAACUAUAGAUGAUAUGGAUAUUGAUUCUGAUGUUGAAUCUGUAGAUUCUGAUGAGUGGAUUGAAGAUACAGAUAAUCCUAUCAAGAAUAAUAAUUGCUUGUUUUGUAAACAUCACAGUCGAUCCAUAGUACAAAAUUUGAGACACAUGACAAUGGCACAUUCCUUUUUUAUACCUGAUCCGGAAUAUUGUAUAAAUAUCAAAGGUUUGCUUACUUAUCUAGGAGAAAAAAUAUAUGCUAACUAUAUAUGCAUUUGGUGUAACGAUUCCGGGAAAGCAUUUCAAAGUGUCGAAUCAGUCAAGGCACAUAUGAUCGACAAAGGUCAUUGUAAAAUGUUGCACGAGGGCGAUGCACUUGUAGAAUAUGCACAGUUUUAUGACUAUUCUUCUAGUUAUCCUGAUGUAGAGACAUCAGAUCCAGAUGCAGAAGUUGAAAUACCCGAACUAGAUGAUACCGAUUACCAACUAGUUUUACCAUCUGGUAAUGUGAUUGGCCAUCGGUCUUUAAUGAGAUAUUACAAGCAAAGUUUAAAUCCAAAUAGAGCCGUUGCUGUGUCUAAAAAUGAUAAACUACGUAAUGUAAUAUCGCAAUAUAAAGCUUUAGGAUGGACCGAUACAAAGAAGGAAAUAGCUAUUAAAAAAGCUAGAGAUAUUAAAUUUAUGCAAAAAAUACAAGCUAAAUAUACUUUAAAAUUAAAUUUGAAAGCAAACAAGUUGCAACAGCACUUUAGACCACAAGUUAAUUUUUAAAUGUGGCUCAAAAUAAGCGUAUUAUUCGAUUAUAUGAUUUAUGGCUAUGUAAAUGGAAUAUGUAUUAUCUGUAUAUCUAGCUAUAUGCUUUAUCAACUGUAAUUAAUUUACAUUUUGUAAAAAUGUAAUUAUUAUUUAAAUUAAAACGAACAUCAUAA